AUGGUGGAUCUCACAGGCCCCGAUGUUGAGGUUCCCGAGGCUGAGAAGGAUGUUCCCUCUGCUGAGGAGGAGCAGCCCGAACAGGGUCUGACGAGGAAGAGGCGUCACUCAACUUUGGGUUCUACUUCGACUUCGGCUCUGGACAGUACUGGAAGAUCUAGUGAAGAGCCAAAAAUCGGCACUGAAAAGCAAUCAGAUAUGACAGAAACUGGACAAUACCAAAUUGAGAAUGAAAUUGAAACCGAAAAGCAAAUAGACAAAGUCCAAGAACAACCACAAAGGUUAAUACUCAAAUUUAAGCGAAGACCAACUAAAUCCCAGCCAGAGGUUCAGAAAGUAUUAAGUGAAGGAGAUGGGAAGGCAUCUACAACUUCUGAGACAGAAGUUCAAAAAUCAUUGAGAGAAGAAGAAGACAAAUCUUCAUCAAAAUCCCAGCCUGAAGUUACUGAGAAAUCUUCAUCAAAAUCCCAGUCUGAAGUUCAAAAAACAUCAAGUGAAGUAGAUCAAGAAGAUCCUUCAAAAUCUAUGGUACAAAAAAAGAUUGCUACAAAAAAUAGGGGCAACAUGUUAGUGAAACAACUUUUAGCAAAGAGCAUAAAGCAGAACAACAAAAAAAAGGCUGCAGCAAUGGUAGCUGCAGCUGCUGCAAAAGCCAGCAAAGAAGCUGAGGAAAGGAUAGCUACACCUGCUGUAGCUGCACAAAUAGGAGCUGAGAAAAGGGCACCUGCUGCUGAUGCAGAAGCCAAAAGAGUCGCCGAGGAAAAGGCAUCUACAGCUGAGAAAGAAGCCAAAAGACUGGCUGAGGAGAAGGCAUCUGCAGCUGAUGCAGAAGCCAAAAGAGUGGCUGAGGAAAAGGCAUCUGCAGCUGACGCAGAAGCCCGAAGAUUGGCUGAGGAAAAGGCAUCUACAGCUGAUGUCGAAAGAGAAGCUGGGAAGAAAGAAGCUGAAAACAAGAGGAUGGAGGCUAAUAAGAAAAAGGAAGAAGAAGAUAAAGCUGAAGCUGAAGCAAAGAAGAAGGAUAUUGAGGAAAGAAAGAAAGAAUAUGAAGAUAAAAUGAGUCAGCUUAUUGCUAAAAACAACAAAGAGUUGAUAGAGGAAGCGGAAAGGAAAGAAGCUGAGAGAAAGGAAAGAGAAGCUGAGAGAAAGAAAAAAGAAGAUGAUGAUGCCACAAAAGCAAUUGCCAAGGUGGUUGAAAAUGUAAAUGCUUCAGAGAGUGCAGAUCCAACCAAUGGUGGUAAUGGAACAAGAAAAGGAAGGAAGACAACUGCUAACAAGAAGAAAGCCAUUCGAAGUAUAUAUAUUGAUGAAGCACUACAAAAGAAGUUGCACAACAUAUCAGAUUCAUACAAUCCGAGAAGAAGUACAAGAUUAAUGGUGAAAGUGCAAGAAAAUGUUUGUGCUGAAAUAGUUACCAGAGAAGAAUUUGAUGGAAAAGAUGUUUCUGAAGUUACUUCCAAAGUAACAAAUACUCCAAAGAAAAGGAAAGUGGCUGAGAAAGAAGUUGAGGAUGAGCCUUUGGAUGUUGAGAUCACAAAAACAAAAAAGCAAAAAGGAGUUGAGAAAAAAUCAUCUGUUAAAGGAAUAAUUCUUCCUCUUAGGGCUGCAACAAAAAGAAACAAGAAAAAGGAUACUGAAGAAGUGAAAGAUGAACAGAAAACAGGACUUGCAGAAGUCAUAGCUAAAGGGAAAAGGAAAAUGAAAGAAACUUUGAAGAAAAGAAAGGAACAAGAAGAAGAGGUUCAAGAAGAAGAGGAAGAAGAGGAACAAACAGUACCGGUGAAGGAUAGGUUGCUUAUGUUCGAAAAACAAAGACAAGAAAUAGCAUCAAAAAGAACAACACCAAAAGCAAACCUACCUGCUGAAAAGAAACGAAAGAGGAAAAUAGCUGAUAAGGAUUGGGAAGGGAAGGAAGAGAAUGAAAAUGAUGAUAUUCACAAAUCAGAAAAAGAUUUAGUUGUGGAACGGGAGGCUUCCCCUUUGGCGAUGAUUACCAAAGAAGUUCCUGCAAGAAAGAAACCAAUGAAAUCAAUCGCUGUUUACAAGGAGAAAGUAGAAGAAGAAGAGGAAGAAAAAACCGGUGUUAGAGGAGGACACGGAAAAUUCAUCACAUUCAUUUCCAUGAUGAAUGAACAGAAGAAGGAGGCCGUUCGAAAUAUUGGUCUAGGAGCAUUGCAAGAUUUCCAGCUACCUACUUCAUCCCAACAAUUUGUUACAUGGCUGUGUAACAACUUUGAGGAAAACAACCAAAAUCUUUAUCUGCCAAGGAAUGAGAAAAUUCUGAUAGAAUUUGAGGACGUGAAAAAGAUAUAUGGCCUUCCUAGAGGUGAAGUAGAGAUAGUUGAGGCAAAGUCUGACAAGGCUAGUGAAGAAUUUUCUGCAUUCAUGGCAAGUUGGAAAAAGAUCUUUAUAGAUUCAAAGUGGAAUCCUCUUGGGAAUAAGGUCCCAUCAGUUCAGAAAAUUUUGAAGUACUACAGUCGAGAAGAUCAAAUUGAGGCUGGACCGGAUGCAAAUUUCAUUACAAGCUUCUUGGUGGUGACUGUCAACACAUUGAUCAAAAGCACAUUGUCAAACCAAGCAUACUUCAAAUUUUUGUUCUCAAUGAUGGAUCAUGAGCAGAUCCAGAACUUGAACUGGUGCAAGUAUGUGUGGGAGGCACUGCUCUCAACUACUGCACAGUAUAAAAAAAACCUGAAACUAAAGGACAGAGCAACAUUUUUCACAGGACCAUUGCCGUUGUUGACGAUUUUCUAUUUUGACAGAGUUCAAAGAAUGAACUUUUUUCCUCCAAGACGAAUUCCACUUGUGUCCUGCUAUACAAAGGAAAUAGGACAAAAACGGAAUGAAUUGGAGAAAAGUGGCUUUGGAUUGGGGAAGGUGUUACCCAAAAUCAAUAUUGAAGAAAAACAAACUCGCAAGGAGUUUAUGGAUGAGUUUGUGGGUAUAAUUCAAGCUGUUGGUGACAAUUUGUCAAAGCUUUCUGAUUCACUGAAGAAGGCGCAAGAAUUCUUCCCAGGAAAUGAGUUGGUAUCUAAAGUGGAAGAGUUCUUGUCAAAAAUGGCAAAAGAACCAUCAUUAAGCCAAGAUGAGUGGUCUGAUGACUUCAUUAAGGCUCUAUUGGAGAAAGAAAAAGAGUUGUUGGAUGCAAUUGAUCUGUAG